GUUGUGGAAACCGUUGAACCUAGCUUUCGUUACGAUGACUCAUUUUUUACAAUUUUAUCUGUUAUGGUUUUCCAGAUUCUCUCCUUUCAUCGAUUUUAGCUAAAUGUCUUAUCUACCAUGCUACCCUUUGUCCGAGUUGCAUCAGGCGCGCAACGCAUUUGUUAUGCACUGGUACAAUGCGAUCCAUCGAGACCCGUGGGUCCGAGUCAUCCACGACUGGCAUUAUCGAUUUCCACCGUCUAUUCGAGUGUUGAAUUGCGCUGAGUAUCCAUUCGCAUCUGAAGAUGAUGUCUAUCGAAUGCCGUCUCUUCCGAAAUGUGGACCGAACGAUCCAAGCGCAUCCAAACCACACUCCGUCCUCCACCAAAAUGCCAGAUUUUAUCAGGAUUGUAAAACUCUCACAGAAUCAGUUUUGUCGGAUCCCAUGCGUCAGACAGUCACUGGGAAAUCAUCAGUUGGACCACCCAUCUAUAUAUGUGAUAUCUGUUCUUUCGAAAGUGAGAAACGGCCAGACGCCGAGAAGCAUCUAAAGGAGGCAGCUCACUCUUCAUGCAGUCACUAUGCCUCUGCAACCAAUCAGCACGCUGGCUCGACUGAGUCAGACGAGCAAUUCACCAUAGUUUUAUGUCAGGCGCGUGUGAUAUAUAAUGCAUCCGUUCCGGGUUUGGCUUGGUUUUCUGAGCACACAGCUAUCGUGUGUCCUUCUUGCUCGGCGAUUUUCCCGGACAAGCUAAUGUGCGCUUAUCACCAUCAGUCGCAGCAUCCUGGUCACAAUGCCAAAUUCUCCUACGGUUCUGUCCUCAAGUUUUGCAACUUCGAUGUGAGCCUUCCCCCGACCUGUACCAACUGCAAACAAAGGUUCCCAGAUCUUAACACCUUUGCAAAACAUUGGACCACCAGUAGCAGUACAUGCCCUUCCCCGUUUUCGCUCAUCGGUUCGGAUGAUGCUAGCACCCGUCCUGAUCAAAUUGUCCAAGUCUACUGUCACUCUUGCCGGGCCUACUUCGAUCGACUGACGUCCACGGCUGAUGGUGCAGCGCAUGUGAUACCUACGGGCACGAAACGCAAAAGGCACGCAGCCCUCUACGAUGGUCCAGGCCAAAAUAAUUCCGACUCAUCCCAUUCACUAGAUCCUUCUGGUUUAUCGGGGUUCGCACGUUUCUGUAUGAAUCACGCGUCACUUCACCUAACUGAUUGGGGUGGCCAAAGCGAUGUUUGUAAAUUGUCCAUUCGCUUUGUCGAAGCUGACAAAAACAACGCUCAGACACUUCCGGCCUACUUGAGCGAUUCGGACCAAGAUCUACUGUUGUUCUGUAUUCAUGAGUGCAAACGCAUGUUAACCUACUUGGACCAUUUGCGUACCGGCCAUCGGAGUCUUCAUCGGCGUGCAAAAGAUGAGCUAAAACGGCUACUCUCACUUGCUGAGACCUAUUCGACGUAAAUUUUCUCGGAAACACACGUCCAUGUAAAUAUUUUGUCAUACUUGAAUUUCUUACACUGUUAUUAUGAAUAAUCGCUGAAAUGCGC